GAAGGUAAAGAUGAGUUUUCACCACGGUCCCGCCGUUGGAGGUUCUACUUCGGUCCUCCUGCAGUGAGUGAGUGUGGCCGUUCCCAGGCUGGGUGAGCAAAAGUUUUCCUCCAACAAAGUUUUCAGCGGCAAAGUUUCCUUCGAGAAGUGAAAAACUUUUGACUUUGGGUGGCAAAACUGCACACAACCGAAAAGUUUUCAAAAACUCGCUCAAACUUUUGCCAGGUUCCGCGAGUAAAAGUUUGACGAAUACAGCGCCACAGUUUCCGAGUGAAUGGGGAAAAGUUUUGUGCCAGUUGCCGCAAUCGUUGUCGUCGUCGGUACAGUGCAAGAGUGAGUGAGGUUCCGGCAGCGGCAAAGCAAAAAAGACAAUUAUUUUUGGCUGCCCGCCAUCGACAGCGGCAUUGAAGUCUCAAGACUUGAUAAUCUUGCCAGGAGUUGUUUUGGGUAACGAAUUACACGAACGCGAAAGUUUCCACCAAACUACGGCUGCAGGUCGCCCCAAGCAACGAUAUUGCUGAACGAUUUGCAAGUGGAAAUAAAUCGGUACAAACGAAUGUGAAGGACGUAUACGCAUAGCGGACAAGUUCAAAGUAACUCCAGUAAGCGUUUUGUGAAGUACUUGACGGGAACACAUAGAGUUAAGCAAGCAAUACGGCUUCCGGCAGCGAUAGUGUUUGACCAAGUGGUUUAUGUUGUCGACGAUUAGGUCUGCCACUGAAUGUAGUCCGGAAACCACGAGCUUGGGAUAGUGGCAAUAUUAGUGUUAGAAAAAGUGAAGAUAGUGGAUACGUUGUAGUUUAGGGCAGAUUGAAUUUGAGAUUUUGCUCAAGAGUUCACGAGUUCAACGACAGCUGUUAGUGUUAGAAGAAACCACAACCAUACACAAUACUUCAAGUGCAAUAUCUAUACGAUCUCUAAUUAAAUCAUCAAUUAAUUGUAGGAGUGUUAUCGUUAGUGUGUAUUUCUAAGUGUUACUCCGUUCAGUGCUAGAUAAGUCAAAAUGAUUGAUAAUAGUUACUCGUACGUCACGCGGGAUAACCUGCGCUACACUGAUCUCAACGAUGGGCGCUCAUACGCUCAGAUGAGCACUCUUUCAUCCCCGCCCUCGAUGGGCAACCGACUUGGCGAAUAUGAUACGACGGCAUCACAUUUGACCAACCAUCGACCAUACGAACCUGCUCCUCAGACGGCAUUCGAACGGUACGACAGUUAUCCACCGCAGCGAAGUAAUCUUUACUCCUCCUAUGGGUACUCACAGUCCAUCCUCGAUGAAGAACAGAAAUACAUUUCGUCAGAACCUCCAGCUCCCCCGGAGCUCCAAUCAAGUCAACACCAUCUAGGCUUACCUACUGGCCCUACCGAUCGGCAUCAUCCCAUGAUGAAAGUGGAAAUGGACGAAAGUGCCGGUCCCAUCUAUCCCAGACCCAUGUACCACUACGAUCCAACGUGUGGAACAAUGCCUCCCGGUUUCUCUGCCAUCAAUUUGAGUGUCAAAGAAGCCAGCCCCCCAAUCCCUUACAAAACCAGUGGUACCCCUUCUCCGAAUCCUAUCAGUCGAAAACCUGACGAUCAUAGAACAAAUAAGAUUUCCUCAUCUAGCCCUGAGCCUGGUGCCAGUCCUCAACAACGCAGCAGUCCGCACGCCACUCUUGAUCUGAGUUCCAAUAAUAGCGGUGGAACGAGUCCACACUUCGCCCGAAAUUCCACCACCGGUGCUUCCAAUGGAAGCAACCCGUCGACGAAUCCAACCGCCAUUAACAACAACAACAACAACAACGCAAACACCACCAACAACAACAAUCCAGUGUAUACGAACGAAAUUCCCGAAUCUCGCAGCACAUCGGACGUCAGCCAGACCGAGUUCACCGGCGGCAACAGUGACCGACCGCUGGGAAUCGGUUUCGCGCGACCCCAGCCCCCCUCUGCAUCGUACAGCCGCGAAUCCACGCCGGACAGCGGCGGUUCGUACUACGCGGACACGUACCGUGACGCCAGCGGUGAGUGCAACGUGCCACCAUCUUCCUCCUCGUCGGCAGCGGCGGCAACCGAUCGCAGCCAGAGCUUCUUCUCAAGCGAGAAUCUUUCUCCGUAUUCUGCAGGCUACAGUCCGCACGCCAGCUACGGGAUGGUCGUCCAGCCGGACUACACCAACGGCUAUCCGGGAUACGCACCGAACGCUUACCAGUACAGCGGUCCCUACGCCAGUUCGCUCGGGUCGGGAGUGUACCCGCCCUCGGUUGCUUCCGGUUAUCCACCAAGUUCGGGUAGCAGCUUCGUGACACCGCCGGCGUUAGGGCAGCACAUCUCACCGCACGACAACCUGCUGAAGGCUGGACUAACCGGGUAUCAACGACUGGAACGGCCCCAGUUCCCAUCGCAAUCCCAAGAACUGAAAUGUCCAACGCCCGGAUGCGACGGCUCUGGUCACGCGACCGGCAACUACAGCUCACACCGAAGCCUUUCCGGCUGUCCACGAGCAUCGAAACCGAAAAGCAAACCACGCGACGGCCAGGAGUCGGAACCGUUAAGCAGAUGCCCCAUUCCGGGCUGCGAUGGAUCCGGUCACUCCACGGGCAAGUUCCUCUCACACCGAAGUGCGUCCGGCUGCCCGAUAGCGUUGCGCAACAAGAUGCAUAUCCUGGAGAGUGGGGGAACCAUCGAGCAGGCCAAGGCAGCGAUGGCCCAAGCCGCAGCCGGUAAGUUCGAACCGUUCCAGUGCCAGACACCGGGUUGCGAUGGCAACGGGCACAUCGAUGGCACCUUCAGUACCCAUCGCACGACGGCCAGCUGCCCAACGGCCCAGGCUGCUGCCGGCCAGCAGGCCAAUAAGAAGCCACGCUAUAGCGACGAGGUCCUCAUGAACUCGACCUCGGCGGCAGCGAAAUCUUUCAACGACCUGGCAACGAAUUAUAACCCGACAAAGAAUGGCCUGCUUGGCACUAGCGGAGGAUCGGCCAUUUCCACGGGACCGUCCCUUGGUGGUGUCCUCGGAAGCGUCACUUCGGAUGACCUCCAUUCGAAGAACAGUCACUCGUCGGAUCCGGUAUCGGUGCCUGGUUCCGGUGGAAUAGGCUCUCUUCCGGGAUCAGUUGGCGGAGCGCCGACACAGUCUCAGUCGCAAACCAAUGCCGGACCCGGCGGUACCGAAGACAUGCUCACCUUGGACGAGGAGAUCAGCGAGCUCAAGCGAGAAAAUGCCCGCGUCGAGCUGCAAAUGUUGCGGCUCAAAUCGAACAUCAACGCGAUGGAAUCCCAGCUGAACAACAACGAGCCGAAGCUGCUCGAGAUCGGGACUCGGGGGAUCACAUGAAAUUUCCUGACCUGUUAGAGCUUUUAAGUUUCCGGAUGAAUGGGACUGUGAAUGUGUGGGAAACGGUGCGUGUGAUGAAGGUGAAUGGCAAAUGUAAACGAUUUGCACUGUAUACUGAAUAGGUAGAGUGAACGACCGAACAGCGAUAUCGAUUGAGAAGUAGUUACACAAAGUGCGAAAGUUCGGUUUGAAAUUCAGAUGAAGUUAUUACGAUUGAAUCUUGAAUCACUAGAACACACUCACAGACACAAUGAAAAAUAAGUGAACCUAGUUGAAAUGUGCUAUACGAACUCAUUUUAAUUAUAAAUAUUUGAAGCGGAGCAGGCAUAGCAUUGAAGCGACGAGCAUCAAACUAUUAUCGGAAAUUAUUGGAAUGCUACAAUUUUAAGUACCGUCGUAGAUUGGAAACUAAAAUCGUGGAAGUUAGUAAAGUGUAAGGCAAAUUGUAAAGGAAGGUAGUUCUCAACCAAAAUCCGAAGCAAAAGACACAUUAGCGAAAUUGUAAAAAGUCAUUAUUGUAUGUAACCCAGUUAUGAAUUUUAAUAACGAUAAUAAAUAUUACAUAUUUGUGAUACUAACAUUCA